AUGACUGACGGGGCUGACCUGAGAGUGAUACAGGAGCUGUACCGCCGACCAGAUAAGCCGGGGGACGGACACACAGACACACACACUGCCGGCGCGGCGACCGCGAGGAGUCCGGUCGGGUCCUUCCCGGGGCAGCGCCGGUGCCGACAACCUGCAGGCGGCGAUGCGACAGUCCCGAGCUCCCCGCCGGCCCCGUCCUCCCCCCGCGCGGCGCCCGCCUCCCCGCCGCCCCGGAGGCCGCGGCCCCAAGGCGCCUCCCCGGGGGCCCCGCUAACAGCCGCCCGCCACGCCGCGGCCGGCCGACUGCGAGGGGCGGCGACCCGGGGACCCGGGGGCGGGACCCGGCGCGAAGCGUCGUCCCCGCCGCCGCCGCCGCCGCCGCCGCCGCCGCCGCCGCCGCCCCGCGCAGCCCCGGCUCCCUCGGCCCGGCCCGUCCAGCCUCCCCGGCCAGGCUCCCUCCAUCCUCACCCCUCCCCCAGCUUCCCGCCGCCACUUACCGAACCGGAACCGGCUGCUCUGCGAAUGAGUUUCCGGCCGGGCGCGGAAAGCAAAACCCGGGAACAGCCGCGAACCGGAACUACCUCCCGCAACACCGGAAGAGCUCCUGGGGAGGCGGCGGGUGGGCAGAGGGGGUGGGGCGGGAGGUCAAAGAGCAGAGUUGAGGCCCCGCGGAAACGCCUGCGCAGUGUGACGAGGCCUGAGAAGCCAAGGGAGCAGCCGAGGCUGUAG